CCUGCCGUCCACUUUUCGCCCUAGCCCUAACUCGGAGGCGGCUCAUGGCCGAUAGAGGUAAGAGGCUUGGGGAGAGGAUUCGGUAGAAGCCCGAAGGAGGAGACGGCAAGAAGAGAACAAGAAGACAUUGGAGCUGCUGCAAGCUGUAGAAGAGAGGGCGCGAUCGAUGGAGAUGAGCUAUCGUUCGAUGAUUUUGAAGGUUUCAAUUCUGAGUGGAAGCAGAGGUAUCUGGAUCUGCUGCUUGAGAGUUGGGACAAGUUGUCGCCAGAGCAGCAAGAGAAACACAAAGGCGUCAGCCCACGGUAUGUACUUGAAAUGGCGCUGCAAGUAGACAACAAGGCGCGGGAAUCAAAAGUGAGAAUGGUGUUGGAGAAGUACCCAGCGCUUCUUUUCGAAUCUUGGGAGUGUAUCCGGCGAGUAAUGGUUUGAUAAAAUCUAUAGAGAUUGCUGGGACAAGCUGACACCGGAGGAGCAGCAGCAGUACAAGGACACAAUAUGGCAGACAGUUAACGACGGGGGCAAGUAAGUGCGUCAGUUUGCAUGAAUGUUUUUGUUUGCUGCUGUUACAGGUCGAGCAUUUGACAUGGAGUAUGAGGGCAGUGGAGUAGACUCGCUUUACGACGCCCUGAACAAGAUCAGAGGAGACUGAUUUUUCACGUAUCGUUGGUCUCUUCCAGUCCAGCGGCUGGGGUAAGUCGAGGGUGGUUCGAGAGUUAUAUCGGAAACAGGUGUGGACCAUUUACUUGUCGCUGGGGUUCUGGCUCCUGUUAUCCUCAGCCUUCAUAUUUUAGAGAUGUUUUCCUCGGCCGUGCAAGGCAGGCACUGGGAAAUGGAGAUCACGCAGGUCAUCUCGCAUGCAUGACCUACUGUCUGGCUUAUUGGAUCGCAUGCAUUGAGGAGCUCGGUGGAGGACUAGGGAAAGAGGAGCCGUGGACGCCGCAGGUGUUUGCAAACAGGACUUGUGGCCGGGAGUGGAGAAUCGGAUUAAAAAACUUGACCAGGAACUUAAGUCUCGAGAGAAGAUAAAGGCCAGUACUCAGUUGGAACUAUGGACGAGAUGGGAGACUAAAGCCACUGAAGUCUUCAAGAGGUAUAUUUGUAAGGUGGUAUGGAGAAGACAGGCCAACCGUUGAAGCUGCUGUUCGUCUUCGAUGAAGCCCGGUUGCUAUUAUCUUCCAAAGUGGAUGGGAAGAAAACGUGUACAUCCCACUUGGAAGAUCUACACGAGUGUUAGGUGGAACAUGUUUAACUCUGUUCAUGGACACUACAUCCAGGGUCGGCAAGUUCUUAGGACACGAGUGGUGGGAUCCUUCUGCGCGGAGUCCGAAUCCGGUCCCUGGGUUUUUUCUUCUGUCUCCUUGGAUUGUCUUCUUCAAGGGAGAUAUUGGGGAAAACAGCACACUUCUGCCGGCUACGUCUACACAGGGGAAUUCUUUUGAGGAGGUGGUUAGUAACGAGUGGAUGCUCAAGUAUGGCCGACUGCUUUGGUGCUCUCUCUACCUGAGCAACCUCGCCAAGGAUCCUGCUAUCGAUGCAUCUGAAUCCUGCCACGAUCUUCACCGAUGGCUUGAGAGUGCUACAGAUGCAGAUAAAGUAGAGGCGUUUCAAACGGUAUUUGGAAUUAGGCAGUAUAAGCUUACCUUGGUUACGACUAGAGAUAUCAACCAGUACAGCGAGCAUGUGCGCAUUGCCAUGUUGGGAGUCAGAUAUGGGAUUUUCAUAGAUCCUUUAUCCAAACUCGUGAACAAAGGUGAACAGGGGGAGCUACUUUUAAGGAUCAUACUCUUGGAGGCAGUAGAAAGGCACGGGAAAUGACUGGAGAAAAACAAUCUUGGUGUACAGUGGACAACUUUUUCUCUCAACUGGUGAAAAUGCCAUUCAGUGAGCUUGCACAGCAGAAGAAGAUGCCUCACCAGGAAAAGGUGUGAGCUGUCGCACAAGGCAAGAUAAGUAUCAACUGCCGCAGGAUCUACAAAGACAAGAUAGAUCUCGUUGAGGCCUUUAAAAGGUGUUGUGGGAUAGUAUGCUACUGUGGUGCGUGGGGUGUCAACAUCUUAGUGCCUAUUCAUUUGGGAGAUAUGAAAGACAGGCUGAACUUGAGUGCACUCUUCAUUCAGGCAAAAGAUAUGAAGAGAUUGUCCAGGCUGAUUGCUCUUGCCAAACACUCUCCACAGUUUUCAGGCCUCGAAUGUUUGGAUGAGUCACCAUAUCUGAGUUUAUAUAUGAACAAAGUGAACAAAGUGGAUAUGGUGGCACCAGAGUGCGUUUGGAAAGCAGUUAGUUUAUGUUAAGGAGGCUUAGAAGGCAGUGCAGUAGCUGGGGUCUAAGGCUAAAACAAGAGGCUUGUUUAGGUACUUUUGUAUCAUCUCUUUUCUGAUUUUUUCUUUUCUGAUUUUUUCUGUAUUGUAGGGUGGAUACUCAAUGACAAGAGUGCAUAGGCAGGAUGCGUAGGCAGCUCAUGAACAGGUUAUUUUGGCAUUGUAUCAUCUUUUAUAUGACUCUUUUUGAGAGAGAGUUGACAGCUGAACAAGAUCAGUAUGAAGGGAAGAAUCUAGCUCAACAAAAACAGAUUGAGAGAGAGUUGAGCCUUGAGUGGACAGUUAUUCUUGAAAAUCCAUUAAAUCUAGAAGAACAGUAUGAAGGGAAGAAUCCAGCUCAACAAGAAUAGUUUGAGAUAGAGUUGGGUUUGGAGUGGACAACUGUUCUUGAAAAUCCAAUAAAUCUAGAAGAACAAGUUUGUGUAAGCAUUUUUAUAUUUUUUUUGAUUUUGUCUGUGUGGUACAACAUGAAAGGAAAAAUCUAACUCAACAAGAACAAGUUCUUUUGGCGUUGUAUCAUCUGUUUCUUUACUCUUGUAUUUUGAUGCAUUUUGAGAGAGAAUUGAGCUCUGAUUUUUUAUGUUUGUUGUCAUCCAUUCUUUCUAACGUUAAAUCACUGUGUCCUUCCCUUCUUGAGACUGACCAUAAAACAAAGUAAGAAAGAGAUGAUACAAUGCUAAGAGAACCUUUUUAUGUUGAGCUGAAUUCUUUUUUUAUGUUGCACCACAUAGAUAGAAUCAGAAAAGAUAUAAAAGUGCCUACAUAAAUCUAUUCUUUUGGAUUUAUUAAAUUUUCAAAAAUAAACUAUAGUCAAAACCAGAGAGUUGGACUACUUGUCAUUGGAUGCUGACUUGCUGAAAGAUUUUAGAGGCUAUAAAGAAUGUUCAAGUGUGGCCACAAAAGAUUGUUAAGAUCACUCCAGAAGAUGGCACCAAGAGGCACUAAGCUAUUAAGCAGAUUUGGGAAGUGCAAGACCCAUUUUUGCGGGACAUGUUUAGGAUCUUGAAUAUUAAUGACUUAACUCUAA